AUGGCCCGAGCUCAGAAGCCUGCGAGGAUGGCGCAGGAUACAAUGAUAACGAUAGCAUAUCCUCUCUCAACAAACGCUCUAUUUGGAAAGGCGUCCGUUCCAGGUGGACCACGUCGAAAAUUCCUACAGUUACAGACUCUACUAAAAACCCCUAUCUAUGGGGCGAAAAAACUCGUCCUCAACAGUCGACCCUAUUGGCCUGGUUUGAAGAGUCUAAAGGAGGAUGGAUUGGAAAAACUCGCACUCAUAGUUGGAUUCACUUUGCUCAAGGAUGAGUGUUCCUCGACUGCUCUCAAGUACAUACCAGCAGCAAGCUUUCCCAAGACCAGUUUCCAAGUGGAGCAUAUUCGAGAAGUCAACAUGCUCGACCAGUUUACCCGGAGCCUCCUCACGGGUGUUAAAGUAUCUGGUGAAAGGAUGAAGCAUACUUUUGACCCCCUAGCAAUUGUGGCCGGUUGGCACAAGUAUUAUGAUUCUUCAACUACCUCAACGACUCAAACCUACAUAAGGGGUUCAUUCACACAGGCCGGGCAGGAACUAUCCAAAGAGAUGUCUUAUGCCAGUCAAUAUAUCCCCGAGCUCAAGAAUAUUGACCUGGCAUGGGCGGAAUGGGAACCGGAUUUCUAUGCUGCAGCUGCGUCACACGCGACUAAUUGGCUGGCAAGUCGCUCAGGACUGAUUCAGCAGAAGUUCUCUAGUACUGGAUCACUGUCGAACCCUGCUGCCGUGAGACUCGUGUUAGAGGUUGCUUUAUUGGUUGCCCAGUCUCAUAGAAUCAAGUCUCCUGUGGCGCCCUAG